AGCCAAGUAGGAGGAAAUGGUACAGUUGGCUGACUGUUUCAAGAAAACCGGCGACGAGCAUCCCUAUCCGGCAGUUUCAUCGUUCAUCUUCUUCACAGCUUCUUACUCAUCAUUUCUGCAACUGCCACCAAGCAAGAUAAACAUCUCUAGCAAAGGUUCAGCCAUUCACAAAACACACCAACAUUUAGCUACUUAUAAACUAAGCAACACUUGUAUGUUGCAAUUUCUAGAGGUAUCUGUGAAGGGCUCGGAGAUUAACGUUUCAGACAAACGGCUGCAGGAUGGAGACGCAGAUACACGUGCCCGUCGGGUCGCCGGUAAUUAGAAAAAUUCCCAUUUUCGUGGACGAACACAACGUGACGGAGGGGGCGAUGAAGCUCAUUAAGGAGCUGAGACCGGCGUGGGACACCAGCCAUGUCAAGACCAAGCUCUUCACUGAUGGAACCACCAAUAAGCUGGUGGGCUGCUAUGUGGAGGACAGUCCAGAAGAUGUAGUGCUGGUCCGAGUAUAUGGGAACAAGACAGAGCUGAUUGUGGACAGAGACAAUGAGCUCAAAAGCUUUCAGGUGCUACAUGCUAAUGGUUGUGCUCCCCGCCUCUACUGCACCUUUCAAAACGGCAUCUGCUAUGAGUUCAUGCAGGGGGAUGCUCUUGGGACACAGGAUGUCAGGGAUCCUUCCUUACUCAGACUGAUAGCCAAGGAGAUGGCUCGUAUCCAUGCGAUCCAUGCACACAAUGGCUGCAUCCCCAAGCCCAAUCUUUGGAUCAAGAUGCGAAAAUACUUCUCCCUUGUGGCUACGGAGUUCACUGAGCAAGCCUCCAACAUCAGGAUCCAGCAGGAGGUUCCCAGCAAGGCAGUGCUAGAGCAGGAGAUGGUGUGGAUGAAGGAGCAUCUCUCCACACUGGGCUCUCCUGUGGUACUCUGUCACAAUGACCUGCUCUGCAAGAACAUCAUCCACAACAGCAAAGAGGGUCAUGUUCGGUUCAUAGACUAUGAAUAUUCCAGCUACAACUACCAGGCCUUUGACAUCGGCAACCACUUCAACGAAUUUGCAGGUAUGACUGAGCUGGACUAUGGGCUGUACCCCAGUCGGGAGAUGCAAAUGGACUGGCUCAAAGUGUACCUGCAGGCAUACAAACUCUUCACCAAGAAAACAGAGGAGGUCAGCCCAGAAGAGCUGGAGACACUCUAUGUACAGGUCAACAAGUUUGCUCUGGCUUCUCACUUCUUUUGGGGCUUCUGGGCACUCAUCCAGGCCAAAUACUCCACCAUCGAUUUUGACUUCCUUGGGUACGCUGUGCUUCGUUUCAACCAGUACUUCAAGACCAAACCUGCAGUGAUGGCUAUGCAGAUCCCAGAAUGAGAAGGAACAGAGGAAGACAGGAUGAGGAGGGAAGACAGACGGGAGGGUGUACCAGGUUUUAUGCUUGGACUUCCUGUAGGGUGGGAACUCUUCUCUGUGAGCCAACUAUCGAUGGACCACUUCUUGGUCUACUUGGCAUCCUUUUCUUCAACAAGCGCAAUUACUCUUUCAUUCCUCCAAACUUAGCUCCACAUCACAACUCUAGCUCAAGAAUUAUAAAACUUCCAUGGGUUCUCUGUGUGUAUGUGAGUGUAUGCCUGUGUAUGUUCUUAAUUUAUCUUGAUAAACCUGAUGUCUUGCUUUCCCUCUUAGUGCAGCUGAACCAGGCGUAGUGAGCACAGCAGUCCGCAGUCUGGAGUAGAGUUCACUGACUUAAAAUCUGCUUUAUUGUCUGUCACACUGGCACCAAAAUGUUCCACAACGCUGGUAAUGAAGGUCAAAAGAGGGAUGAGACUGUUAAGUACGGUUUGAUGCUGACGUUAACAGACAGUUUGUCUGGUUCUCUGUGACUGUAUCUAUGGCUCAAUGCCAGGGCCUCAUUUCAGUUAGAAACUGACUACAGAGGCCUUUCACCUGGGAUUCCUCACGUUUUGCAUGUGGUGUGAGAUGAGACCAUUCUUCCGCCUGUCUGAAGAUAUUUUGACACUUUAAAUUCUAA